UCUUUGUUAGAGAGAGAGAGAGAAGAAGAUGAUGAUGGCUGAAGAAGGGGUGGCUGUAUUGCUGGAGGAAACACCAACAUGGGCAGUGGCUACUGUUUGUGCAAUCUUGAUCACCACUUCCAUCCUCAUUAAACAUGCUCUCUAUCUUUUAACUAUGUACUUUCACAGAAACAGGAGGAGGUCUCUCAAUCAGGCUCUUUACAAGAUAAAAUCAGAGCUAAUGCUUUUGGGCUUCACCUCUUUUUCCCUGACGAUCGGUCAAAGGUAUGUCUCCAAGAUCUGCAUCCCCAGUAGUGUCGGUGAGACAUUUCUGCCUUGCCAGAGUUCUACAAUUCCAGGUGUUGCGGUGGAAGAAACCAUUUGUCAAGAGAAGGGAAAGGUUUCUUUUUUGUCCGAAAAAGGUUUCCAGCAGCUCCAAAUCUUAAUAUUUGUGUUGGCCUUGUUUCAUGUUCUAUCUUGUGUUCUAACCUUCGCUCUUGGGAUGGCAAAGAUGAGAAAAUGGAAGCAUUGGGAAGCAGAAACAAGGAGACUGGAAUACCAGUUUUACAGUGAUCCAAGGAGGUUCAGGCUCACCCAUCAGACAUCAUUUGGGAGACGACAUCUCAAAUGUUGGAGCCAACACCCUCUACUUCGCUGGCCUACUUGCUUUCUUCGACAGUUUAAUGGCUCGGUAUCCAAAGCUGAUUAUUUCACCCUUCGUCAUGGAUUCAUUAUGGCUCACCUUUCAGAAGGAAACAAUUUUGAUUUCCAAAAGUUCCUUCAUAGAGCUUUGGAUGAUGACUUUCACCUGGUGGUCGGUAUAAGCCUCAAGGGUUGUAUUUUCUCUGUAUUUUUCAUAUUCUUCCAUGCACAUGGAUUCUACAAUUACUUUUGGCUCCCCUUCAUUCCUUUGGUGAUGCUUCUGUUAGUAGGGACAAAACUGCAAGUUAUCAUAACUAGGCUGUGUUUAGCAAGUGGUGAAGCUGCUCCUGUUGUUAAGGGAACUUUCCUAGUGAAACCCAGUGAUAACUUCUUCUGGUUUGGCCAACCUCGAUUACUUCUCCACUUCAUUCAUUUUAUCAUAUUUCAGAACUCCUUUCAAUUGGCAUUCUUCACUUGGACAUGGUGCAAGUUUGGGUUUAGGUCUUGCUUUCAUAGAACAACUGUAGACAUUGUUAUAAGGAUCGCCAUGGGCAUCAUCGUUCAACUUCUCUCUGGUUAUGUCACAUUACCUUUGUAUGCCUUGGUCACACAGAUGGGCUCAUCCAUGAAUAAGGCUAUAUUCACUAAGCGAGUCCUUGGGGGACUAAAGAAGUGGCAAGGCAAUGCCAAGCGAAGUAUAGCUACCAGCAAAAGCAAUUCAACUGUUCCUUACCCAGAUAUCUCCAUUUCCCACACUUUAAACACUUCUGUCUCUGGAGGCCAAGAGUUUGCAAGCACAGAACUUGGUAGUCCAUCAAGUGUCAAUGAAAUUAAGCAAGAAGAGAAUAUUGAACCAGAAAUGAAUGGUCGAGGAAACUACAAUGGAGAGAUUUCUUUUCGAUGGCUAGAUAAGCAAAUAAUUGCCCAAGCUCAGCAGAUAUAAACUCUGGUAACUAUUCUACUAAUCAAAAUCAUUAAAAUGGAGCUUGAAGUUUUUACUAUCAAGGGGAUACCUGCUCCAGGGAGGACUGGAAACAGAUAUAUGUGCUCUUAGUUGCAUAAGUAAAGAGGUCCAGUUUGCAUGAAGCAUGAUGAUCUCAUGGGCACUUGAAAGACCACUUCCGUUUCUUACCAGCUGACUUGCAUUCAGACCAUAGAAUUGCUUGGAAUUUUCGACAAAAAUGGAGGAAUUUUAUUCUAAGUAGAUCUUUCCUGGAAUGCUCAGAGUAGACCUUGAUUUAGGGUUGGUUGAGCUUUUUAUUUUAUUUUUAAAUUGUUCUCUCUUGUACUAUUUAUCUUCUUUAUUAUUAUUAUUAUUAUUAUUAUA